CACGAUUCGAGAAACGCCCACUCGAAUUUAAUUAGCCUCGUUAUAUGCGUUAUCUCGCGACAGCGCGAUAAAGCGCCAGUAUUAAUUAGAGUAUAUAUAGAGAGGAACGUCAAAAGGGCCGGAAUAGGUAUAUAAAUCGACGAGAUAAUUAUUAUUAUUGACAUUUUGACGGAUUCUCGAAUUUCGCGAACCGCGAGAUGGCGCAAAGGCGCUUCGAAGGUAACGCGACAAUAUCUAUGUCAGAUCAUGUGUCCAGGCCCUUAGUUUGCUAGUCUGCUUGCAAAAUAGAAUCCCAAUACAGUAAAUAGACAAAAGUGCACUUGGCGACAGGAGUCUAGUAUUUGUUUAUCGCGACGAUUUAGAUUAGUAAAGUCGGCCGGAUACACCCUUGCGUUCGUCGUUCGGCUGAUCCGAUGUUUCGCCCAUAGUCUCGAAGUGAUUCACUCGAUUUGGGCUCAGCCAACGACCUAACUACGUGUUUUUGAGGGGGUAUUUCACGCAAACUCGCGAGAUAAUCAUGUAAAAGGCUGGUGAUUAAGGAAAGGAAAUUAUAUCUGACUCUUGAUUGUCAAUUACCAAGUGCUCUACUUCAUUUGAUAGACGUGGGAGGUGUUGCAAAUACAGGAAACUCAUUUACACUGUUAUCUGAUACCACAAAUACUGCAGUGAUGAAGGAUAUGGCAACUAAAAUUGCUGAACUCAAGUUUGAGGCACCUCUAGCGUGCUUUGAAGAAGAAGAAUCAACUACGAUCAGAAAUAUGAAUAUUUUUUCUGACCAUAUCUUAGACGUUAAUUUAGAAAGGAAUUUUGUGGAAAAUAGAAAAACAAAUACCACUGCAAAUACCCAUGAAACUUCGGAUAUUAUUCAAGAGGGAUCAUUUAGCCCAUUUAGUGGCAGUCUUGAAGAUUUAGUAAAUACUUUUGAUGAAAAAAUUACUACAUGUUUUAGAGACUAUGGCACCAAUGUUGAAUCUCUAGCUCCUGUACAAGUUCGCUCUCAAGAAGAAAUUAUGAAUGAAUGCCAAAUGUGGUGGACUAUAACUGGUACAUUUGGUAAUAUUUUGCCAAUAGAUUGGAGCAAAUCUUAUGCUAGAAAAUUGCAUGUGCCAACUUUAAAUCUAAAUGAAUCAGCUAAAUCAUUUGAUGGAAAUGGAUUAGAAGAUUUAAGUAGUGAAGAUGAAGCUGUAGCUACUGACUUAGACAUGCAUGCUUUGAUACUCUCUAGUCGUAACGAUAAUUAUAAUGUUGAAGAGCCAGUAAAAACUGCUGAUGAAGUAUUAAAAGAAAUUGAUGAUAUAAUGCAAGAAAGCCCAUCAUCAGAUGUAUCUAUGAAUUCUGAUUCACUUGGAGCCAAUGAAGCCUUGGAGAGAAGUAAAGAGGUUCUAUCAUCUCCCCUUCAUGAAAAAAAUUUGCAACAAUAUAGUUUGAAGCAACUAUCUGAUUUGCUGGCUGAAAUGGAUUCUUUGAUAUCUGCUUUGAGUGAAACUUUAAUAAGCGAACUUGCUUUAAGAGAUGAGCUUGAAUAUGAAAAAGAAUUGAAAAAUCAGUUUAUUUCACUAUUGCUUGCAGUACAAAAUCGUCGAAGACAACACCAUGUAGCAAAAAAGCGAAACCAAUUACAAAAUGGAACUAGUCCAUUGCUUCAACGCAAGUCUAUUCAAGAGUCAAAGUAUUUAACAACUGUUAUUCCUUAUCAUACGGAUAAUGGUCUUCUUGAUACUCAAGCUUUACAAGUCUUGAUAAAAAUUUUGAAAGCUAUUAAUGAAGACAGUCCUGCUGUUCCUGCAUUAUUGACAGACUACAUUCUUAAAGUCCUGUGCCCAACUUAAAGGAUUUCGUUGCCAUUCCUAUAUAUCUACAGAUCUUUGAAUGAGAUCGCGAUCAAUAUUAUUUAUCUGCUUUUAGAUAUAGUCCAUUACUACACAAAAGUAUGCGCGCGCACAAUCACGCAUUUAAAACAAGAUUCAACCAAACGAUUGAUGUAUUGUUGAUUAAUUUGCGUAUAAUGAUCAAAUUUUAGCAACGUAAUGUUCGUUAAUAAUCAGUUGAUUCUCUAGUCCAUUUUUACAUAUUUAACGCAUCAUUGAUAAAUAUGUAGCGUAAACAUGACUAUUCGCCUCAAUAUACUGCAUUUGGUUAAAAUAUCGCGUAUUGCUAUAUAUCUUUAUCACUAUAUGUUGAUAAAUUACGCCGGAAAGUAUCCUGCGCAAAUUCAAUUGAAUAAAGUAAAGUAUUGUAAGCCCAGAAUAAGUUGAAAUUGUAAUAUAUUGCGUAAAACAAGGAAAGCUUGUUCUUUUUAUUAGAACAAAACCAAAAUCCAUGCAACAAAAGUAAUUUUUCAUGUUACUAAGCAUGUAGCAUUUAUGAUAUUCAUCUAUAACAUUUAGUGACGUACUAUCUGUUUCUUUUCUACAAGUAAAAACAAUUACUGUUAUACAUAUAGACUAGAUUGAAAAUAAAUGGUACUAAUAAGAGGCGAACGGUUUUUUAAAUUCCGCUUUUCUUUGAUGGUGUUCUUAACGUUCAUAAAUAUGCCUUUCGUCGUAAAAUAUGCGCCAGAAUGUAUUUAUUGUUGAUGAAUAAUCCAUUAUAUUACAAUUUCAACUAACUUUAUUGAAGUUCUAUUGCCAUCAUUUUGUCAUUUAGAAAAUAGGCGUAUCAAUACCUUGAGAAUAUUAUUCGUACCUAUACGUAUAAAAAUCGUGUUAAUCUACAGUUUUACUGCUGCACUGCAUGUCAGUUCAUCGUAUAUUGGCGAAUCCUAGACAUAAUAAAUAAUAUUUUAACUCUGCCAUGACUUGUGUGACGUUUUUCAACCAAGACAGAUACUUGGUGUCAGUGAAGUAUUACACUCUAUAUGUAUAAUUUUAUUAUAAACCAUACAACUAGUAACAGCUCUCAAUUAAAAUGUGUAUCCAUAUAUUUAUUUGUAUAAUUUAUGUUAAAGAAUCAAAAAAUUUGUCAUCUAUGCUUAGUUUUAAUAAAACCAUAUACUUAUGUUUAAAUAUUUA